AUGGACCAAGAGCCUGAAUUCGCACCGAGUGUCCAGUUUCCACUUUCGCAAAACGUGGUCAAUGUGAGCGUCAUUAAUAGCACAGCUCACAUUCGCUGCCCGUUAGGUUUUUUUGUCGAAGCCCCUUUGCCAGGCCACGAGACACUGGACUGCCCAGCCUAUGUUUUCCUCGUCGAAAACUCUGAGGGGAAGAAAGCCCUUUUCGAUCUGGGCGUCAGGACAGACAAAGAGUCCUUCCCUCCGGUUAUUCGCAGUGGUUUGGCAGGUCUACAGAUGGAUGUAGAGAAGGAUAUUGCGACAAUUCUCCGAGAAGAUGGCCGUAUCCUUCCCGGCGAGAUUGAUUCUAUUAUCCUGAGCCACUGGCAUGCUGAUCAUAUUGGCGAUCCCUCUACUUUUCCAUCUCAUGUGGAACUCGUCGUCGGCCCGGGGUUCAGAGAUGCCUUUCUUCCGGGAUAUCCUGCCGAUCCCAAUGCGGUGAUACUUGAAAGUGACUAUGCAGGACGACAAUUGCGGGAGAUUGAUUUUGUACCAGGGCUAGAAAUCGGCGGGUUCCGUGCCAUGGACUUUUUCGGGGAUGGCAGUUUUUACUUACUGGAUUCUCCAGGUCACGCUAUUGGCCACAUGUGUGGCCUGGCGCGUACGACAUCUUCAACAUUCAUCUUUAUGGGGGCUGACGGGUGCCAUCACUGCGGCUCCCUGAGGCCCAACAAUUCUCUCCCCCUUCCGAGUGAGGUUUCACCGUCGCCAUUUUCUGUUCCACCGCAUUUGCAGGGGACGACCUGCCCUGGUUCAGUACUUGAGGCAAUUCACCCAAGAAAUAGCCGCACAGAGCCUUAUUAUAGCCGACUGGCACCCGCUCCCAGCCGCGAUGUCCCCGUCGCGGAGACUACCCUUGGAAAGAUGAUGCUAUUUGAUGGGAACGAAGACGUUUUUGUCAUUAUCGCUCACGAUAGGAGUCUCUUGGAUGUCAUAGACUUUUUCCCUAGUAGAGUCAACGAGUGGAAGAGAAAGGGUUGGAAGGAAGCUGGUCGAUGGAGGUUUCUGGAAGAUUUCAAAGAUGCUGUUGCUAGGGACUCUAUCUAG